AUGGCCGGUUACCAACGACCCAUGAGUUUUUCAGAAAGACGAGGAAGCGCCCUCAGUGACGACUUGACCCUCGGCACAUCGACGAACCCCAUGGUUAACCACCGCUUGGAAAAGCUGCCUCAGCAGCAACGGCACUUGCGUGGACCUCCUACUCCCAGCAUGUCUACACCCGCCGCGGACUUUGAUCAACAGCUCACUGGCUCACCUCCACCGCCUCCCACACCCGCUGCGUCUCCGGGACCAUCGCAUUUCCAACCAGAUUGGAGUGAUGCGGCUGAUGAUGAAGACUUCUUUCUUGCCAAAGUCCGGCAACACUUCAAAAACUGUUCCGGUCCUCAGAGGACUCGAGUCCUCGCCGAUCUGCUGAACCUCUGUACCAGCCAGCAAUUGAGUUUCGUUCAUCAAUUUGUCAGCCCUUUGUUGAAAAAGGACCCCUUUACAAGUCUGCCAGAUGAACUGUGUCUUCGGAUAUUAUCUUUCAUCGAUGACCCAAAAGUUUUAGCACGAGCCUCGCAAGUUUCCAAACGAUGGCGAGAUCUCCUUAGCGACGACAUGACAUGGAAGAAUCUUUGUGUCAAACACGACUACGGCCGCCGACUAUCAGAGGUCUACACACACGCACCUAAUUUCUCAUCGAGACCAUCAGUACAGGCUCUGCAUGGACUCGAUGCCGACAUGACCAGCAGCAGCAGUUUCCCAGGCGCGCGCCCUUAUUCUUACACCUCAGGGACCCGAUCUUUCGAGGGCUCGAAUACCUCUGGUCGACCCAGGUUACGGACUUACAAGUCUCACUUCAAGCAGAGAUAUCUAGUUGAAGCUGCUUGGCGAUCUGGCGGUACUAGCACAACGCGGAAUAUUACCCAAGAGGGGGGCGUCGUUACAAGCCUGCAUCUGACACCCAAGUACAUCAUUGUGGCACUUGAUAAUGCCAAGAUUCAUGUGUUCGAUACUGAGGGAGACUCGCAACGCACCCUGCAGGGACAUGUUAUGGGUGUCUGGGCCAUGGUUCCCUGGGAUGAUACCCUGGUCAGUGGAGGCUGUGAUCGCGACGUGAGAGUAUGGAACCUCAAGACUGGUGCCUGUUUACACACCUUGCGAGGUCACACAUCGACAGUUAGGUGCCUGAAAAUGGCAGAUGCAAAUACGGCGAUUUCUGGAUCCCGGGAUACCACCCUAAGAAUCUGGGAUAUCCGAACCGGCCUUUGCAAAAAUGUUCUUGUUGGUCAUCAGUCCAGUGUUCGGUGUCUCGAGAUCAAGGGCGACAUUGUCGUAUCCGGUAGCUACGAUACUUUUGCUCGAGUCUGGAGCAUUUCCGAGGGCCGUUGUCUUCAAACGUUACAGGGCCAUUUUAGUCAAAUUUAUGCCAUUGCGUUUGAUGGUAAGCGAGUCGUGACGGGCAGUCUGGAUACCAACGUGAGAAUUUGGGAUCCGAGUUCUGGUGAGUGCCUGGCUAUUCUCCAGGGUCACACGUCUCUUGUUGGACAGCUUCAGAUGCGCGGUGACACCUUAGUUACUGGUGGAUCAGAUGGAUCGGUUAGAGUUUGGUCAUUGAAAGAAAUGUGUCCGAUCCAUCGUCUUGCAGCUCACGACAACAGUGUCACCAGUCUGCAAUUUGAUGAUACUCGAGUCGUGAGUGGCGGCAGUGAUGGUCGAGUUAAGAUCUGGGACCUCAAAACUGGACAUCUCGUUCGUGAACUCAUCGCGCAAGGUGAAGCUGUCUGGCGUGUUGCCUUUGAAGAUGAGAAGUGUGUUGCUUUGGCCUUGAGACACGGCCGUACAGUCAUGGAGGUGUGGUCGUUCUCACCACCCGAAGAUAUGCUCUAUGACCGCCCACUCUCGCUUCAACAGCGGGUACUGGAGGAUGACCCGAAUCGCCCAUUGAGCGCCAUGGCUAUCGACUAUCGCACUUCGCAACAGACUUUGGCCAGUUCUAGCCGAGACGCUUCAACCCAGGAUGUCGAAAUGAACGACGCUGGCCCUUCAACUGCCCCAUUGCAGGGCGAACGAUUAGAAAUUAGCCCAGUAAUGUUGGGUUCCACCAAUAAGACUUGCCAAUUCUUUGCCUUUUUAUUUUGGAGCCAAGUGACUAGACCCACCAACAAUUGGAGGCCAAGCUCAACGCUCUGCCGCUCAACAGCGACUUUUUCUGAGCUCCAUCCAGCCAAGUCGCAGUUAUCAACUCGACAACGUCCUGAUCCCUCAGUUCAAUUCUCCAUAUCCACGAUGUUGUCUCGAGCUCUCCGUCUCCCCAGGGCUGUGCCUAUGCGCACCAAGCUCGCCGCUCCCACUUACACUGCCAUUCGCUCUGUCACCACCGAUGCUGCUUCGGCGUCCCUGAGCCACUCAGUCCCCAAGUCCGAUGACGAGCCUUUCUCUGUUAACCUCAGCGAUGAGAGCUUCGAGACCUACGAGCUGGACCCCCCUCCUUACACCCUGGAGGUGACCAAGAAGGAGCUGAAGGAUAUGUACCGCGAGAUGGUCAUCACCCGACAGAUGGAGAUGGCGGCCGAUCGUCUGUACAAGGAGAAGAAGAUUCGUGGUUUCUGCCACUUGUCUACCGGACAGGAGGCUGUUGCCGUUGGCAUUGAGCAUGCCAUCACCAAGGAGGACGAUAUUAUCACCGCUUACCGAUGCCACGGCUACGCCCUGAUGCGUGGUGCUACCGUUCGAUCCAUCAUUGGUGAGCUGCUUGGCCGACGUGAGGGUAUCUCCUACGGAAAGGGUGGUUCCAUGCACAUGUUCGCCAAGAGCUUCUACGGCGGUAACGGUAUCGUCGGUGCUCAGGUUCCCGUUGGCGCUGGCCUUGCCUUUGCUCACAAGUACAAUGGCAACAAGAACGCUUCCAUCAUCCUCUACGGUGAUGGUGCUAGCAACCAGGGCCAGGUCUUUGAGGCUUUCAAUAUGGCCAAGCUCUGGAACCUCCCUGCCCUCUUUGGCUGCGAGAACAACAAGUACGGUAUGGGUACCGCUGCUGCUCGUUCUUCCGCUUUGACCGACUACUACAAGCGUGGUCAGUACAUCCCCGGUCUGAAGGUCAACGGUAUGGAUGUCCUUGCCGUCAAGGCCGCCGUCAAGUACGGCAAGGAGUGGACUGCAGCCGACAAGGGACCUCUCGUCCUCGAGUACGUCACCUAUCGAUAUGGCGGUCACUCCAUGUCUGAUCCCGGUACCACCUACCGAACCCGUGAGGAGAUUCAGCGCAUGCGAUCCACCAACGAUCCUAUUGCUGGACUCAAGCAGAAGAUCCUGGACUGGGAGAUCACAAGUGAGGAGGAGCUCAAGAAGAUUGACAAGGAGGCUCGUGCCCACGUCAACGAGGAGGUUGCUGCUGCUGAGGCCAUGGCCGCGCCUGAGCCCAAGCCUGAGAUUCUGUUUGAGGAUAUCUACGUUCGGGGAUCCGAGCCCGAGUACAUCCGUGGCCGUAUUCCCGAGGAGAACCACUACUUCCAGUAG